CCGCAGGCUGCGAAAUGAACUGAAGCGAUUUUCGAAAGUAAGUAUUUCGACUUUAAGCAGGUAAGUACUUAGUCAGGACACAGCCGUUGCCCGCUAAGCAGCACAAGUCAGACAAGAUCAGUGGCAUACAUAUCUAUCCACCGCAAUCCCAAAUCACAUCCCAUAUAACCAUAUUUCGUGCACCGUUCCAGAAUGGACUCAGAAGCACCACUCGUAGUCGACAACGGCACGGGUUUCGUCAAAGUAGGCUACGCAGGAUCGAACUUCCCAGAGCAUGUAUUCCCCUCCGUCGUAGGCCGCCCCAUCCUGCGUGCGGAGGAGCGCGUGGGCUCCGCAGCGAUCAAGGACAUCAUGGUGGGCGACGAAGCCGUCGAGAACCGCAAUUACCUCCAAGUCACACAGCCCAUGGAACACGGUAUAGUGCGUAACUGGGAAGACAUGAAGCACCUCUGGGAUUACACUUUCGACGAGAAACUCAAGGUCGACCCGCGCGGCCGUAAAGUGCUACUCACGGAACCACCCAUGAACCCUAAAGUCAAUCGGCAGAAGAUGGUGCAGGUGAUGUUUGAGGAGUAUGGCUUCCAGGGGGUGUAUGUGGCGAUUCAGGCUGUGUUGACAUUGUAUGCGCAAGGUUUAACAACGGGCGUAGUCGUCGACUCGGGUGAUGGAGUCACGCACAUCGUACCUGUAUACGAUGGAUUUGCCCUCCCACAUCUCACCCGACGCUUGGAUAUUGCAGGUCGAGAUGUCACGCGGUACUUGAUCAAACUGUUGCUCAUGCGCGGUUAUGCGUUCAACCGUACUGCUGAUUUCGAGACCGUGCGUGAAAUCAAGGAGAAACUUUGUUAUGUGAGCUACGAUCUUGACCUCGACCAGAAAUUGUCAGAGGAGACUACGGUGCUUGUAGAGAGCUACACGCUCCCCGAUGGCCGAACGAUCAAAGUAGGCUCAGAGCGCUUCGAAGCUCCAGAAUGCAUGUUCCAACCACAUCUCGUGGACCUUGAUCAACCUGGCGUAGCAGAAAUGCUCUUCCUAACCAUCCAAGCCGCAGCAGUUGACACCCGAGCGGAACUGUACAAACACAUCGUCCUCUCAGGCGGCUCAAGCAUGUACCCAGGCCUCCCAAGCCGACUCGAGAAAGAAAUGAAACAACUGUAUCUUACGCGUGUGCUGAAUGGCGAUCCAACGCGGUUGAACAAAUUCAAAAUUCGGAUUGAAGACCCCCCUCGUCGAAAACACAUGGUGUUCCUGGGUGGUGCUGUCCUCGCUGACAUCAUGAAGAACCGUGCAGAAUUCUGGAUAUCAAGAGAAGAGUGGUUUGAGCAGGGUAUUCGCUGUCUGGAUAAGCUAGGACGUGGAGAGAAUUAACCAAUGAUGAGUAACUUACGACGGACAUCCGGUAGUUUUAUGGAUCACCAAAAGCACGGGCCAUUGGCCUUUAUAUGAUCCAACGGGAAAUGAGAAACAACUGCCCCAUGGCUGAGUUGGUUACAGC